GAAGGAUUUACUCGAACGUGUGCAGAACAAUUGGUUAAGCGUGGUACUACAGCCUGUCUAGUAAAGGAUAUAGCAGGUCGCCGCGGCAGUUGUGCUCGUUUGGACCGGUUCCAGGCGGACGUGAAACCGCCGACAGGUGAUUCGGACGAUACCACAAUGGUGAACUACCCUCGAAUCAUGACAUUCAGUUAGUGAACGUGCCUCGUUCUCGCGUGUGUGUAUCUGUGCAGCUGUAGAAAUAAGGAUAGAGGGGAAAGGCCGAUUGAUGAAAGAGGAUUGGACAUGAGGCGAGAAAGACAGCGCGUGAUCGUCGUAGCCAGAGAUUGGUCGAGGUCCUGAUAGCCGCAGCGACCAGGAUCUAGGAUCAUCCAAGGAAGAAAGGAUGCCAGGGGGGCGCAGGGGCCUGGUCGCCCCACAAAAUACAUUCCUCGAGAACAUCAUACGACGGAGCAGCAGUCAACCUGACAGCAGUUUCCUCCUGGCGAACGCUCAGAUCGUCGACUUCCCUAUUGUCUAUUGCAACGAAAGCUUUUGCAAAAUCUCUGGCUAUAAUCGUGCCGAGGUUAUGCAAAAGUCCUGCCGCUGCGGAUUCAUGUACGGGGAGUUGACGGACAAAGAGACGAUCGCCAGGAUCGAGGAAUGCCUCGAGGGCCAGAUUCACGAUCAAUUUGAGAUCUUGCUGUACAAGAAGAACAGUGCCCCACGAGAAACACCACUAUGGCUGCUUCUACAAAUAGCGCCAAUAAAAAACGAACGGGACUUGGUGGUCCUGUUCCUGUUGACCUUCCGGGACAUCACUGCCCUGAAGCAGCCAAUCGAGGCGGACGACAGCAAGGGUGGCCUCUCGAAGUUCGCCAAGCUUGCCAGAUCGGUCACCAGGUCGAGAUCUGUUCUUGUAUCACAAUUCAGCUCCCAUCUGCCCGCCCUGAAGGAUUCCGCGUUGCCAACCACCGCGAAGCAAUCACAUUUAGCUCAUAUGAUGUCCUUAAGCGGCGAUGUGAUGCCGCAGUACAGACAAGAGGCGCCAAAGACCCCGCCACAUAUUUUGUUACAUUACUGCGCGUUCAAGGCGAUCUGGGACUGGAUCAUUUUAUGUUUGACCUUUUACACGGCCAUCAUGGUGCCCUAUAAUGUCGCAUUCAAAAACAAGACCAGCGAAGAUGUGUCCCUGCUGGUUGUCGACAGCAUCGUCGACGUCAUAUUCUUCAUCGACAUUGUCCUCAACUUUCACACCACGUUUGUUGGCCCUGGUGGCGAGGUGGUGUCUGACCCGAAGGUGAUCAGAAUGAACUACCUAAAGUCAUGGUUCAUCAUCGAUCUGCUGAGCUGCUUGCCAUACGACGUAUUUAACGCAUUCGACCACGACGAGGAUGGUAUAGGAAGCCUGUUUUCAGCGUUGAAGGUGGUUAGGCUGCUUCGUCUAGGUCGAGUGGUUCGGAAACUAGACCGGUAUCUGGAGUAUGGAGCCGCGAUGCUCAUUCUACUGCUCUGUUUCUACAUGUUGGUUGCUCACUGGCUGGCCUGUGUCUGGUACUCGAUAGGAAGGUCGGACGCUGACAAUGGGGUCCAGUAUUCCUGGCUGUGGAAGCUAGCGAACGUCACCCAGUCACCGUACAGCUAUCUGUGGACCAAUACCAGCACCGCACCGGAAUUAAUCGCGGGACCGUCCAGAAGGACAAUGUAUGUUACCGCAUUGUACUUCACGAUGACCUGCAUGACCUCAGUGGGCUUCGGUAACGUCGCCGCCGAGACCGACAACGAAAAGAUUUUUACCAUCUGCAUGAUGAUUAUAGCCGCCCUAUUGUACGCCACGAUCUUCGGUCACGUGACUACGAUAAUCCAGCAAAUGACGUCCGCAACGGCCAAGUAUCACGAUAUGCUCAAUAACGUAAGGGAAUUCAUGAAGCUGCACGAGGUGCCCAAGGCACUUAGCGAACGCGUGAUGGAUUACGUGGUGAGCACAUGGGCGAUGACUAAGGGCCUAGACACCGAUAAGGUACUCAACUACUGCCCCAAGGAUAUGAAGGCGGAUAUUUGUGUUCAUCUGAACAGAAAGGUCUUCAACGAACACCCUGCAUUUAGAUUGGCCUCUGACGGUUGCCUCCGUGCCCUGGCAAUGCAUUUCACGAUGUCCCAUAGCGCACCAGGUGAUCUAUUGUAUCACACAGGCGAAUCCAUCGAUUCGUUGUGCUUCAUCGUGACCGGAAGCCUCGAGGUGAUCCAGGAUGAUGAGGUAGUGGCAAUCCUGGGCAAAGGUGAUGUGUUCGGCGACAGCUUUUGGACGAACCCAUCUGUGGGACAAAGCGCUGCCAAUGUUCGAGCUCUGACCUACUGCGAUCUACACACGAUCAAGAGGGAUCGAUUGUUGGAGGUGUUGGAUUUUUAUCAGGCCUUUGCUAAUUCCUUUGCCAGAAAUCUUGUUCUGACGUACAACCUUAGUCAUCGGCUGAUCUUCCGGAAGGUGGCCGAUGUUCGUCGAGAAAAAGAACUGGCAGAAAGAAGGAAGAACGAGCCACAAUUGGAUCAAGCGCAGGAUCACCUGGUGCGCAAAAUUUUCUCGAGGUUCAAGACCGACGGGGAUGCCCAGAUCGGCGUGAGCAGGGCCGCGAACGGACGGUCCCAGCAGGAUUCCGACGAGGAGCUCACCGUGAACGUCCUGCCGCCCUGGCCCAGUUUUAGGUUCCGCAGGGAGAGACACACUGCCGACGUGGAGAAAGGGGACGGAAAGGACGGGAAAGAGGGCAAAGAGGGCGAGUCUUCGCACACCAGGAAACUCUCCACUGCGGACGAGAGCACUGCCGUCAAGGGACGGGCCGGGAAGUGGGGACGACUCUUAGGAACAUCUAGUCUGGACUCUGGAAGCGAGGCAGGGACUGGAGUGGACACGUUUAAACGCUCCCUAAGCGCCAGAGACGCUCGACCCAGUUCAAGUGCCGGCAGCAACAAAGUGUUUCCCAAGUUCGGCAAGCUUAGCGGCACCAUCGAAGAAUCAGGAGACGCAGAAAACGCAAAAGAGACCCAGCAACAACAGCAGCCACAACAGCAACAGAACACCGCAGACUCGAAGCAGCUUCAACUUCGUCGACUGGAAAGCUACGACGAUGGACUGAUCACCACUCAACCGAGCCAUGAUCGCGAGAUUCUAGCCGCCGUGCUUGAAGUAAAGGUGGACUUGAAGCUGGAAGUGCAACGGGUGAACCAGAGAUUAGCCAAAAUCGAGGACAUGCUGCAGACGUUGAUGAGCAGACUGCCCGCGGCUAGUCCGCAACAGCAAAAGAGUACGAACAAUUUUUCGACAGGUGGUAACGGUGGUUCCUCUCAGAAUCAGUCGACCAUCCUGCCACAGGGCACAUCCAGUUGUCAACAGGGUUCCCAGGCUACGCAAACGUCCGGGGGAAAUAUAAUGGGGGAACAAAAGGUUUCUAUAGCAACUACGUCCACAUCGACGACUGGGGGUGAAGGUUACAGAGAACAAGGAACAACGACAGAAAGAAUCUCCAAGUCCCAGGAACACCAUCAUCAUCAUCAUCAUCAUCAUCAAUCGCAGCAAUCGGAUAGACUGAAGGACAGUAGUGAUUACAAAACUUCCUCGAGAGAAGUGAGUAAGGAAUUGCUGGAAAGACUGGCCCAAGCGUCAACUUCUAGAGGGGACGAUUCUACGCCUCUUGGACCAUUGAUUUUGAGAAAGAGAAGAAGCAAAUCGAGGAACAAGGGAGCUGCACCAUUAGCACCGUUAGCUAGUCAGCCAAUCAGUCCAUCAGAGGCGACGGAAACCACACAGAUGCUCGAAUGCACCGAUGAUAGGGAACAGAGUACCACCACGACGGACAGAAGCGACAGGUCCGAUAGGAAGAGGCCUCCGCCCAGGCCCAGGGAGUAUUUGUGAAAGUUCUUGCGACUCCGCACGGACGUCUCACAGUUGAUUUAUUGUUGGAAAUCGCUGGAAUGGACUGCUAUUCUCGGGAAUACUUGUUUUAGAAGUUAGAUCGGGACGUUAUGCAGUUGGAUAUAAUUUGACGUGGUUUGCUGCAGUUAGAUUGGGUCGACGCAAUUGUUAAUUCGCUUUAAACCAAGAAGAAAGAAAAACUAGUUGUUUUGGAAAUUGUAAUAGCCAUGUAUCCUUUGGAGAAAAGAAGAAGAAAGAAAAAUAUGAGAUAUUGGAAGAAAAAGAAGCCAUAUAAGAGGUUGCAAAGUUUAUGGUUUUUUAAUGAAAACCAAAAAGGAGUUGAAAAGUGGCUAGAAAAAGAGGUCGGCUGUUUCAGCGAAUUCUUUUCAAUAAAGUGAGACGAGCGUGCCGGUAUAGGCAUAAGCUAUCUGUAAAAUUUCACCGCGUACGUUUUAAGGACAUACUGCAUUUUCGCUACUCGCUUCGCGUCUGAUUUUUAAUGAGCAAUUCGUCGGUACACGCGAAGAACAAACCUGAUACGAGAAGAAAAGUACUAGUAUAAGAUCGUAGCCCGUCGAAUGUAAAUGGAAACACGAAACAAGAGGGAAACGUAAAAGAAAGUGAUAGAUAAAAGAUGAAGAAAUAAAAAGGGACAUUCAUGCCGACGAAACGGUCCCGCUAUUAUAAUACAACUUGGCAUAUUUCUGCAUGGCCAAACACGCGAUUAAAAGCAAAAGUAAACCAAAGAAAAAAUACAAAAAUGUAUAUCGACUUAUAUACUGCUUGCGACGGCUUCUUCGAGACAUCGAACGUUUAAUCGAGAGGAUGAAAACUAAAAUUCAGAAUACUCACGUUCUAACACGUAAGGUAACACACACUGUAAUCGUAGGUUUACACGCAUCUUUAGGGGAUCUCAGCUAGACUCGUGGUUGCGCACGAUAGAUUAUAAGUAACAAGAACAACCAACAACAAAAACAAAGUAAAAAAAAAAAAGAAAAAUGAAAGAGUGUGUAGCACAAUAGCAAUUAGAGGAUUUUUGUUCGUGUUCUUAAUUAAUUCGCUAUUAAUUUUUGAUUAAUUCUA